AUGGAUUCCGAUGAAGAUAGUUUGUUUUGGGAUAAAGAGUUUUGGCAGGAGGUUGAUGGCUUCCUUGAUGCUUCUUUGGAAGAUAGAUAUGAGAUAAUGAUAAGAACUUGACAGAGGUUCUUUGAGGUUUGAAUACGAAGAUUAGUGAUAAUAAAACUAAUAGAUGGGGGAGAAGUACUUUCAGAUUCUAGAGAGAGUGAAUAUGGAGCCAAUUGAAUUUUUAGCCGUAAACUAAAGCCAAAGGGCCAACGAGGGGAGAAGGCAGGAACUGGAGCAGGAUCAGAGUCAGAGUCAGAAAGGGGAGCAGGGAAUGGAACAGAAGAAGCAGGAACUGAAGCAGAAUUUGAAGAAUUGAAGCGCAAAUUCAAGCAGAAAUUAAAUUAA